UAAAAUCAUGGAAGACUGUUUCGAUUUUUCUGAUUAUCCCUACUGCAUUAGCUUUUAUAUUGACGAGGAGUUUGUGUUUAUUAAUAGCUUCAAUAGCGGAAGCACCAUCGGAAAACAAAAAGUAAUAUAUGAAAAAGAAGAAUUUUGCAGGGCCUCUCUAUUAUACGAUGCAGCUACGGGCAAAAUUUUGGGUGAAGAAGAUACUGCAUACAAUCAAAGACCUUUGGAAGAGAAUGACACAAUAAUCUAUGUUGAGAACAUAUUUAUGGAAUUAAAUGACAUCUAUCUCAGAAGAAAAUCAGAAUCUUACAAAGACAACUUACACGACAGCACAGUUUUACAUGCACCGGUGAUGUUUUUGAGAAGAGCCGGUAGUCGCUUCCGGACAAAAUUUGGAAUUACGGGUCUUUGGAAUUCCAGUUAUCAUUACGUCUUCAAUAUGCCUACACACUGGGAUCCCACAAUAAAAGAUGAACUAAUAUGGACCCUUUUUGUUCGCGCCGAGCUGGUGAAGGAAGAUGAUCAUCGCAGUAGAAUAGUAUAUCACGAUCAAGUAGACAUAAAAAAUGGCUCCUAUGUCAUGUAUGGAUUGAAAUUCUUGGACAACAACUUAAUAAUCACCAUGGAUUUGAUUUCAGUUAAUAACUCUUCCAAAAUUAUAUUGGAAGAUGAAUCAUAUAUAAGAUUACUGCAGUCGAUAUAUUUUACCGUACCGCUCAAAUACGAAACAAGUAAUGGUAUAGAGGCAUGUCUCAAAGCAAGAGGUAUUAUUGCCGAUUCAAACUUGAUUCAGCAAUUAAAUGAACGGGUCGAAGAAUUCAGCACACUACAGUGCUUCGUUCGCGUCCCAGAAGAGUAUACAUAUAAACCGUUUUCCGCUAUCGAAGCAGAAAAUUUAGGGUUACUUGAAGAUCAAGUCAUUAGCAUACAAUCAAUAACCAUGCAAGAGGUCCUAAUAGAAGUACUUGAUGAUAUCAAACUGGCUAUUAUGGAAAAAAUGAAUAUUUUUUCUAAUUACGGACAUUUCUUGCGUUGGGAAACUAUUAUAGCCCUUCAUCAUACAGGGCAUUCUGAAAAAUCCUGCUGGAACCAUUUUAUUCUGUUUUAUUCAUUGCGACAAUGGCUAAUAGAUUAUGGGACACAACGAUUUAAUCAUGUACCUUUGGUUGUUAACAAGACCUUAAAUUGUUUUGUUACUUUGGAAACAAACAAGCUGUCAGAAUGUAACAACAGUCAAACAACUGAAGUAGUUAAGUCAUGUACUAUCCAACAGGACCCUUUGAUCCUAUCAGAUUUAGCAGAACAAAGGAACGACAUUAUUUGCCCACCCGUAUUUUUGGACUGGAAACUGGACUAUGCUAUAAACAUAGAUAUCUCUAGUGAACGGACUGCAUUUAUAUGCUCACUUCUGGGCGAUCAGAAUCGCGUUAAAGAAUCUACUGAUUAUUUAACAUGCGAAAUUCCAAGUUUGAUGCAAUAUUUUGUGCAGCCCGAAAUUUACCAAAGAGGUUUGCUUAAAAUACCUACAAGAAUAAAGUCUUUAGUAGACGUCUAUUUUGGAGAUGCUGUAAAGAAUUAUUCAACAGAACAAGAUUUUUAUUCAGAAGUUAAAGCUGGUAUUAAGAAACUUCUUACCGAGUGUCCUUUCGACAAGUUCUUUUUCGGGAAAGGGAGAAAUUCCAGCGUAGUAGAUACCAAUUUUUUGACUCUUAGCAGACCUGGAUAUAGGCUUUGUUUUGUAUAUAUUUAUGUGGCUUAUGUCAACAAGUUGAUAUCAGUCCUUAUGGACAAACGCUUUGGAGAUAAUUGGAAAGAAAAGAAUGUUGGAUAUCUAUUAUAUAUUGAUCCAGCAGUAGACAAAAAAUGUAUUCAAUUUGAUAUAGUUAAAUUUAUAUUUGAAAGAAGUUGUAUAAUCAAUGAGGGAGACACAAACAAAAUAGGAUUGACACAGUGGAGUACUGGUGAUGUCUUGACAAUAAUUCACAAGAAAUUGAAUAUUUCAUUCCCCGUCAAAUCAUUCUUUUCUUUGGUUUCUAUUUGCCAAACGGAAAUCUUCAUCCACUUGCGUCAGGUUGUAACACAUUCUAAGGCUGCGAAUGCAUCUACAAUUGCUGUUAGGAGAGAUCACAUUUCUGUUGAAAACACAAACAAGGCUUUGUGUAAAAAUAUAUGGCACCGAAUCAUGUCAAGCCAAACAGUAAAGUUCUGUGAUUUACACCAAAACAAUAAAGGUGAUAAUCUUGGGUCCUUACGCACGUUCAAAACUGUUAUAAAAAACAUUAGCCAUCACGUCUCGGAAAUAUUUUCUAACAGCGGAAAAUGCUUAAACAUGGACAAGGAAAUUAGUGUCAGUAUCAGCAAUACAUGUAAUUGCUAUUUUCACUUGACUCUUCGUAUGAUCAUUGACUUUGGAAUGAAGCCGGUAAUACGAAACAUCACAGAUAGGUUGAAAGGAUUUCUGAUUACUAGUCUUUCACAUUACGACAUGGCGAAUAUUCUUAUCACAGGAAAUGCAUUUAAGCUCACAUGCAACACACCACUUUUCACAGUAUAUAUAGCUUUGUUACGCAAAGCGUUCGAUUGCAAUAAAUGGCGUAUCGUUUCCAUUUUGAAAGAGGAUCUAAAACAAUUCAUGCUGCCAAUUAUAGAUCAAAAACCAUAUUUGUGUAAUAUUUUUACGGAACAGGUUUUCAAAUAUACAUACGCAUUAUACAUCAUAUCGGUUGUUAAAUACGGACAACUGUACCCUGGAGAUUCGUCUGGCGCCUACAUACAUACUGAAGAAAAUGGUACUGUUUAUGGUAAUGGUUUAAACAUGGCUUUGGUGGUUGUUAAAAGGGGCGAUAUUGUCGAUGAGUCAUUGCAUAAAUCAAAGUUUUGUAUUGCAUUUAAACAUACGAACGAUUAUAUACCAACAAGUUCUUAUAAGGCAACUUUGGGCUUAGUCAGAUUAUUGUCCAUGGAAGACUUUGAUCUGCACAGUUUUAUCGCAAUAGAUGCUAUGCUUUUCCAUGAAGUAGGAUCUUUUGACAUUGACUGCGAAAAGAAAGCCUACUCCUCCUCUUUUGAAUUAAAAGUAGAAACUAACAAUGCGUCAUCGACUAUAGAGCUCAAGCUCUGCUUACCAGACAUAAAUAAUGAAGAACUCUCUGCUGAGAUUGAUUGUCAGGUCAUUAACAUUUGCGAACAAUUAGCGUUAUUUUACGCCUAAAUAAUUAUCAUUUCAACCCAUAACCUUUUUACUUGAAAUCUGCGCACAAAAAGCACAGUGUUCCUCCCUCGUCGGCCUAAUAUUUCAGGAACUCAUUCCUUAAAUUGUGCUCCAUUGUUCCUCGUAGUUGAAGAGUAAUAUCCCACUAAAGAAUGCUAAUAAAAGACAACGUGUUUUAUUUUAUGCAAAAUUUAAUUCCAAGCUCAAAAACAACUACGGCUGAUUUUUUAAAACGUUCUUUUAUUAGGUGAG